GCGGCUGUGCGGUGCGUGAACGAGCUGCACCGGCGGCGGCCUUCGAAAGAGUUUUUUUGCCACCACGAAGGGCGUCGAGAGAAAAGAAGAGCCGUCGUAGUAGUGAUUGUGGCGUGUUUUUAUCGAGCUGUGACACUGUUUUAUUCCUCUCCUUUAAUGAAGUCGAGCGGCAGCAAUCACUUUCCUGGGCAGCCCGACGAGUGAGUCAGUGUUGUUACCCUGUGAAGUGCCUUGGCCGCGUCGUCUUCGUGCGUGGAUUUGACCGAGUGUGCUGUGGAUUCGCGGCGUUUUCGCCACCAGCAAAACCCGCCGCGCCUCCACGCCUUCUGACUUGCCGUCGUCCUCGCCAGGAUAGCCGAGAUCGCGGCGUUGAUAAGCGCGCCGGCGCGUCGACGACGUUCGCUUCGCGACGAGCACGCACCGCAAAACCCAACACCACCGUCCUCUUCGACGCCCGUCGUGUACAACAGCAACAACAAACACGCUUUUACAAGCCAUUUUUUUUCCUCGUCUUGACAGUGUCGCGAGAAGUUGAUAUCUGCGAAUUGUGAGUCGGGGCCUUCGAUUUCCAAUCCAAAUUUGCCUCCGUCUUCGUGAUCCUCCCGCAGAGAAGUGCGGGAGCAAGAAAAGAGUUACGCUUCUUCUGGGCCUCUCGCCACGUACCUUGGGUGUCUUCUUCAUCUCCGACCGGCUUUUUGUCAUCCGCUCCUCGACGUCACCAUCGCCCAUGGGAUUCGGGCGGGAGGAUUGUCACCAGCGCAUGCCCGGCCCUCGUUGACUCCGGAGACAGCGCUCGUCCGUCAAUCACAUCGCACUCUCUCCCUGCGAGCGCAGCUUUCCCGCAACGCACGGACUCUCGACAACCGUGGCCGACUGAGAGGGGGCUGUGCAUGACUUCUCCCUGAGGAGACCAACUACUAUUCACAACGUGCCCCGAAACCAAAGCCAUGGGGAGGAAAAAAAUACAGAUAUCCAGGAUCACGGACGAGAGGAACCGGCAGGUGACGUUUACGAAGCGCAAGUUUGGCCUGAUGAAGAAGGCCUAUGAGCUGAGUGUGCUCUGUGACUGCGAGAUCGCCCUGAUCAUCUUCAACAGCACCAACAAGCUGUUCCAGUAUGCCAGUACCGACAUGGACAAGGUUCUGCUCAAGUACACCGAGUACAACGAGCCACACGAGAGUCGCACCAACAGCGACAUUGUUGAGGCACUGAGCAAGAAGGAACACAAGAAUUCCACAAAUGGUUGCGACAGCCCAGAGCCAGAUGCCGACCAGUACUCACUGACAACCCGGCCAGAAGCCAAGUACAGCAAAAUCAAUGAGGAGUUUGAAUUGAUGAUGCAGCGCAGUGCUCAACUGAAUGGGUCUCGAGGCCAGCCUUCCAUGAGCCAAGGCAUGAGCUCCCUCGCUGGCUAUGCGUCCCAGGAGGGUCUUAUGCAGCCUUCUCCCCAGAUGACUCACUCUAGUGUCAGCCCCCGCCCGAGCUCUUCAGGGGGUGCCUUGCUGGACAUGAAUGGUGUGAGCUCCAAUGGCUACCACCGGUCAACGUCCCCGUCAACCAACUUGGCCAGCUGCAGUUCCCCUGCAGGCAAAGGUUCCAAGGGGGCCUCGCCCAGCCGCUCUUCUUCUUCCGCUGCUGGACUGCGUGUCGUCCUUCCAGGAUCUCCUUCCCCCACAGGACAGCUGCAUGACCCCUCACACUUGUUCCUCCAGCAGUCAAUGGUUCGGACAUCCAAUGCUUCGCUCACAACCCCAGUUGUCUCAGUGACGGGGCCAGGGAUGCCUGGCAUGUCAGCGUAUCCGUCCUCUCUAGCAGCUGGCUUUCCUCCAUCGGACUUCCAGCUAAACCCUGAACUUGGCCUUGCGGGUUUCAACUCUCCAGGGCUGAUGCAUAACUGGUCUACUCAAGGUCCCCUGGCCAAUGCUGCUGUGCCUUCUGGGGCCAUGCAGGCUCACUCCAGUGGGAGCCCCAGUGUUCUUGGCAGCCACUUGUCUCUAGGAAAUGCGACACCGCCACCUGCAUCAUCUCCCUUGCCCAUCCGGAUCAAAAGCGAACCCAUUUCACCACCGCGCGGUGGCGGAGGCGGAGAUGGUCUGCACGGGGGAGGCAGCAAUGCUCGACCCCCAUCGGGCCACUUGUCUCCUCCUGGGCAGCCCCCACUGACCCCUUCCACAUCUUCCUCGCCGGACCCGACAGGCGACUACGAUGGUGCUAAGCGCCCACGCCUCUCGGCCGACGGCUGGCCGACGUAAGCCAACUGGAGCCGAGCCCCCUUCUGGCCCCCCUGGGGGGUUUGUCCUCCUGCUCCUCCCUGAGUCUACUUGCGAGUGUGCUGUGUGUUACUUCCUCCCCUCUUUUGCUGACUGUACGGCGUGCAAGCAGGGUCAUCCUCCCACCACCCACGGGAGAAAGGCUGUGUGCGCUGUUUCCCUGCAAUGUUUUUUUUUUUCUUUGUGCCCAACCCCCUCCAAGGUUUACAGGGAGCAGCAAAGUCGCAGCUCCGUUUGGCGACCAGGAAAAACGCCAUUUGGGCUUUCCUUCUUUGUCGUCCGCGUCAGUGAUGAAGACCGGAAGCAUGUACAUAAGAAUGGCGCGGCUGUGCCCGCCGCUCUGGCCUUUUUUCGACUUUUCGUCGAGGCUAGUUACUUGGCGGCUCCACCUGCCAGAGUAAAAGACACACCUCUGGAUGUCUUCUCUCUCUCAUUUCAUUGUUAUUUUUAUUCUUGCUGCACCUGUGGCACUCAUUAGGUAGAGUGAAAAAAAUAUAUAUGUGAGUAGGUGACUUACUACUACACAAAAAGGCGUCAGCAACAAUCUUAAACACGUGCGAGGCACAGCUACUUGAGCUCCACUCUUGUUCCACUCGUUGACAGGCGCUUUGCGUUGUGCCGCUGAACAAUGGAGCCAGGGGCGUUUUUUUGGGAGAAAGUACAAGCUUGCCCUCAAGGCCUGCACUGCUGAGAGAGAGAGAGAGAGCAUUGCCAUGGGAUUGAACCAGGGCCGAACAAACGCCCGUUGUGGCCAACUCAGUCAGGUCCAGAGCCAAGGGAAGCGCCAUGUAGGGCACACACACAGUGAGAUAGAGCUAGUGACUAGCACAAACCCCUCCCCAAGGCAGUGAGUGCAGCCAUACAUGGACCGUUUGUAGACACACGUGUUUUUUUGCAUACCAAAGUCAAGUUUGUUGAGAGGGCAAGGUUGCACCCAGUUUGUUGUCAAGCAAUGUUGUUGCCGGUAGGAAGUAGUGCCAGGUUGUUCUCUGGAAAAAAAAAAAAAGCGGUGCACCGUAUAAGAAAGAGACCGCAUGCACAUCCUGCCUCUUGUUUUAGAUAGAAAGAGCACGCGUUGUCAACAUGACCAUAUUUUUGGUAUCUGCCAGUCAAGCGCAUGGCACGGCUUCCCCCAGCAUCCCCUGUUCUUCACAACAGUUUUCUCCUCGUGGUGAAAAAGUUUGGUGGUACACCCAACAGGCAUGAAGUAAACAUGAAACCACACACCCGCCCACCCACUUCUUUUCCCUCCACUACUUGUGUGUGUGUGUGUUCCAAAAAAAGUGCAUGUGUUCUAGUGACUGUAGUGCUGUGUGCCUUUGGACAGGGGAAACAGAAAAAAAAGAAAAAAACUUUUUGACGGUGAAGCCGCAAAGAGGGGUGAACACUACCUAUCUAUCAACCUUGUUUCUGUUGAGGUCUCAGUGUUUACACGCUGAAUAUAAAUAUUAUAUAUAUAAAUAUAUAUUAUACACACCACGCGUGCACGCGCGUAUAAAGUAUAUUUCAUACGUGAUGCACCAGCUCAUGUCAGUUUUGUUUUUAUUUCUUUCUGCUUCUCCAGCAGCUGUCAUGAGGAUCUUUCGCUCCUGCUUGUUGCCCUCAUUAAUGUUGCACUAGAAAGCAUACUGCCGCAUCCCUCUUGGAAUAAAAAAAAAUGUUAAAGGAAUGAGCAAAUUGAGUCUGUGUGAGAUGAAGUGUUUACUGCUGUUCUCACCCUACGUCCUUUUAUCGACAUGCUCAUUUCACCUUUUGCAUUGUCAGCUGUCGUUAUUAGAAUUACAUACAAUAUUUCGACAUUUCUUUUCUGUUGUCGCGGCUACUUAGAGUCAUAAGUUGCCAUGUGUCAAAGGAAGCAUGAGAGAGAAAUAAAUUUUUAUCACCCUUGCUGCAAAUUUAGAAGCUAGCACACACAUACACUCUCGCAACACUGUACCGUUCCCAGCACUGGUCCUUCACAUGCCCCCAUUACACGCACACCUCGUUAGGAGAGUUAGCGUCAGUUUUUUGGAACACAAAGGGAAAAGGAGUCAGAAGAAAAUACAAAAACCAAAAAAGAUGGUAAUGGUCUGCCAUCAACGACAGGCUAAGCAUUUUACCCCCGUUCCAAAGUGUGUGGACCCAUUGGCAUGACUUUCACGCACAUAUGCGAUUAUGUCUAUACACGCAGAAAACCUUUAUUUGUUUGCUUUGUUUUUCUGCACUGUACACGGACGAUGCCUUACCAGAAACUGUACAAGGAUGGGCAAGAAUAGGGAGCCACAAAUGCUUGUUGUAGACGUUGUUGCGACAAAACCGAGUUUCAAAAAGAAACACUUGGUAAUUGUGACAUGUUAGUUGUAGGUUAGUUUCUCUUGCCUUUCCCUUGACUGUUGCUGCCACCUGCUGCUAGUUAAGUUAUGUCGAAGGCCUUGCAAAAAAAGAAAAGAUGUUAUAGAAGGAAAAUUCUCCCAAAUGUGAAUGGAAAGAGGAAGGAGCUGCUUGUGUUCUUUGACUUGUUGUUGCUUUGAGACUUGACGGGAUGAGGGGCAUGUUUCAGCAGCUCAUGCCAUUCACCUUGUACGAUGAAGGCCUGCUUAACUUAUUUGUCCUUGGAAGCUGUACUUUUAGAAGUGCACAGGGUGUGUUGGGAAAAGGCUGGCAUGAUGACCCCAUAACCUUACAUCUAGCCAUGGGGCUGUCCUGUAAAAAUUGUUUUUUGGUUUUCUUUUUUACCACCCACACCCCCUUUUCCAUGUGCUUAUGUGUGCGUGUAAUAUAUGUGCACCUGGUAAAUUGUCCCACGGCCUUCUCUCUUCUUGUCUUGCCACCAUAAAAACAAGUACAGAUUCAUGGACACUGAAACUACUAGGUGUGCAUUCUAUUCUCUCUCUCCAUUUUUUUUGCAUUUGUAUUUAGCAAAUGAGUUAAUAUAUUAUUGCAGUGUUCUAUACAUUUUCCAGUGCAUCUUUUGCCCUUGCCCCCCCCCCUUUUUGUUGUGAUGAAGACAAUGAUAAUUACUCGUUUUUGUCAUAAUGCAAAGCAGUGUUCAUUUCUUGUCAUUUUUCUGUGUACUGCUGUGUUGUUUUUCUUUUCCCCUUCUCUUGCUUAUGUAAAGGAUGCAUCUUAUCCUCAGCGUUUUAACAGAUAAUAUAUUACAUGUGUGUGUACAGUAAAUGACAGGAAAAAAAAUUAUAUGAAUGUUGCGCAUAGUAUAUAUUCAUACAUUUAAGCUGCUGGGUGUGUGUGCCCGCAGAUUGCUCUGUCGUUGAUGGGGAAAGAAGCAGCGAGAGAGUACACAUGUGCCAUGGGAGACGGAGGCGUUGACAGUACACCCCCCACCCCCUCCUUCUCUCUCUCUCUUUUUAUUAUUUUAUUUCUUCAGUAUUUCAGGCACCCUUCUCUCAUUUGUCUUUCCCUUGUGUUGUCAUGCUGCUGUGUGCCAAGCUUUCUCUUUGUUUUGUUUUUAUUAAGCUCAGUCCCAAGCUCCACCUCCAAUCACAUUUUUUUAAUAUGUUCUCACUGUUUCAUCUGCUUGCAUCUUUUGUUUUUAUUUUUUUAACAUCUCUUACUUUGUUUCUCUGCACUUUUCUUUCUUUCUUUUUUUUUCUUUUCUUUUUAUUUUAGCUUAUCAAAGAGACCCUCUCUGUGAAGAUCGCGAAGAAUGAUGCUGGUCGUUGUGUUCCUUGCGUCAUCUGCAUAUACUGACCAGCCUCGCCGAUGAUAGUCAAAUUAUAGAUCAAAAGAUAAGUAGGAGUGAAGUUCAAAGAAGCAUGCCCCCUGAUUGACCGAGGAGUGAAACUAAUCAAAAUUCUGCGAAAGUGCAAUAAAGUUCUUACCUUUUCUUUCUCAA